AUGGAGAGGAAAGAUCAGACAUGGAAUUCCAGCCGGGGCAUCACAUUUGCUGGCGAUACUAGUCGCAGAGUAGUCGGAUACCCGCAACUACCCUCUUUGACAAGAUAUCACAGCGACUCGGCAGCGUCAACAGCCUCAAAUCCGGAGCCAGUUCUUCCCCUGAACGACGCGCCAGUACCUCUGGGAAAUCCUAGCGCCACUGGAACGACGUUGGACUCUCAGGGGCGGGAGUUUGUCGAUGCACAGGAAGCACUGGAGGAACAGCUCGAGGUCAUCAUCGAGGACGAGAACGUCAAGUCGGAAGAUGAGGGUGCUUCUCUCAAACCCCCGUUCACACCACUCAGCUUCACCAUGACCGAGGAUCUCUUCAGGGAGGCAAAGAAGGCGGCUGAGGGCACGCCAGGGUCUUACUGGACUUACAACCUGUAUCGUGGACCCGAUAAGGACGGAAACAUGAACGAGAAGGUCAAAGUUCAUUAUUGCAGAAGUGCUAACACCACCGAGCGAGUUUUGAAACAAUAUUUCAUGGACGACAAGAUCCUGGGUCUUGACCUCGAAUGGGAAGCGAACGCUAAGCCGACCCAUGGCCCGAGGCAGAAUGUGUCGGUCAUCCAGAUUGCUUCGGAGAAGCGGAUUGGCAUUUUUCACAUCUCGCUCUAUCCAAAGAAGGAUGAGCUGGGUUCACCGUUACUGAAGCAGAUCAUUGAGGACCCGGAUGUGAUCAAGACUGGCGUCUGGAUCUUGGGUGACUGCACCCGUCUGGAAAAGUUUCUCGGGAUCAAGGGAAGGGGCAUCCAGGAACUCAGCCACUUGUACAAGCUGGUCAAGUACUCUGCUUCCGGCGAACAUAAGCUUGUGAACAGAAUGGGAGUGCCAUUGGCAAGGAUGGUCAACGAGAUCCUCCAGCUACCCAUGUUCAAAGGAUCGGUGCGAACAAGUGCAUGGUCCAAACCCCUAAACAUGGACCAAAUCCUCUACUCGGCAUCCGACGCCUACGCCGGCCUCAAACUGCCCAUUAGACUCGCCGCGGACGUCAUCGUAGAAGAAGCCGGCUUGUUAGAUGAGCCGCUCCCAGACGAAACGGUCGGCGCCGCCGCUCUAUCAGCCGACUACCUCUCCACCGUAGGCGACAACAUCAACCCCGUCGACCCCCUAGUCUCCGAAGCCACCCUCUGGGCCCAGAACUACAUCCUCUCUCACCAACCCCCCAAACCCAAAGAACCCAGACCGAAACCGCAACCCGUAGCCCCCGAUUCCAAUCCCAACCCCGACUCCGUUGCCCCUGCCGAUUCCCCCGCCGCAGCCCCCACCACCACCCCCAAAACACCAUCAACAUACAUCCGCCCCCCCCUCUCCGUCCCCUACCUCCGCGCUUACUACCUCUGGUCGCGCAACCCCUCGCUAAACUGCGCCGCCCUCGCCGCCCUCUUGGGGAUAAAGACUAGUUCCGCAACGAGCUACAUCCUGCGAGCGAUCAAGGCCGAGAAGGGAAGACUUGGGUUCGAACCAAAGAGGAUGCGCGAAGAAGUUUUGGAGAGCGGGGCGAUUCCUGCGACGGAUAUGGCGAUGCGGUGGAAGAGUGUCGUGCAAUUGUGCGAGCUUUAUGAGGCUGCUGAGAGGAAGUUGGAGAUUGGUGAUCUGGGUCACCAAGGGGGGAAGGGGGAGGAGGUGGAUGGGAAGGGGAAGGGGAAGAGUGAGUUGGAGGUGUUGGAUGAGAUUUUUGGGCAAGAUAAGGAGGAGGAGGGGGAGGUUGAGGUUGAGGGUGAGGGUGAGGGGACUGAGGAGGUGAAAAAGGAAAGUGCAGAGGAUGUGAUGAAAGCUGCGUUGGAGGCUGCUGAGGAUUUGGACUUUGAUGAUGAGGAGUUGAACAGCAGCUCUCAAGAGACGGUCGAUACAGAAGAGGUGGAGAGGUUGAGAAAGAUGUCGAGGAGUCACUGA